AUGGACGGAUAUGCCAUUGCGGACAAUCAUCCAUCAUGUGACUCGGAAAAUCUGAUUGAUCAGACAUCAAUUCUGUCAAAUUUUGUCGGUCCUUUGAUUUCAGCUUGCAAAUGUCGGGGUACAGUGGCUCUGGUACACGUCGAGUGCCUCGAGAGAUGGCUAACCGAGUCCGGUCGUGCGAGAUGCGAACUUUGCGGUUACAAGUACGCAAUCAGGAGGGUACGGCGUUACAGCCUCUUUCAAAGCAUCUUAAUAUGGUUCCGCACUAUAAUAGCUACUCGACAGAAGAUGCUACUUGACAUUGGGUAUUUGGUAAUGACCACACCUGUGGCUGUGUUUUCCUGCUAUCUGUGCGCCUUGGCCUUGAAAAUGUUGAUGCGAAAUGGCUUUUACGAGAUACCCUGGAUGAUAGUUGCUAUGCUGCCAACCUGCUUAUUGACGCUGAUAGCUUAUUGGCGAUGGAUAAUUACGUUAGGGAGAUUGCAUGGCCAUCGAUGGAGACGUUAUUGGAGAAAUAAUUUCGUGGUUCGUUUGAUUCCCGAUAACGACAUUGAGAACAGCUUCGAUUCGCAAAGCUCGAUUGAGCAUUUUAAUAUGCGAGACGAUUUUGAACAAUGGAGACUCGAGGAGAACGACGAAUUCGCAUGA